AUGAAAGCAUCAUUUUUGGUGACAUAUCCUGCCGAAAUCUGCAAUCUACAAGGUACCUCUCCCGUACCUCCACCUGAAGCAAGCCCGUACCGUAUAUUACAGCCCACCUCCAGCUCCGAGCCACGUGGAAAAAACGAAUGUCCAUGGAAACUUGAAAAGUCCGAGCCCAGUUGGGACUUCGAGCCCAUCAAAGCCCUUUGGCGCCACAUCAGUACUCCGUAUAGCGACUGUUCUGUGAUCCAGCUUCAUAAGGAUUGUGGAGCUGGGAAUAUGCGGCUGCAGCUCACACACGAAGGUUCCGUGGAAGGGACAAGGAUCGGCUCUCGAAUGCUCAAUGCAACUUCAUCUGGAACCAGCCGCAUUCUUAUGCGGGGAAAGAAAUCACGCGCGCAGUUCAUUUCAUCCGCCAAAAGGAAGUUGGAUGCAACCGUCUCCGCGUUCUGUAUGGGGUACGGGUUUGUCAGGGAGCAAGAUCCAAGCCGCUGGGAGGCUGUAGGGAAGUAUUACAUGAUUGAUCUGCUGAAGUCAGGCAAACCGUUCUUGGCGAAUGGCCAUUUGAUCGUUUGA